AGAAAUAUUGGUCGUGGGCAACAAUAUUCAACUCCUACACCUUUGAGUGGGAGUCUUUCUCAGUGGCUGAGAACCACUUCUCACUUGAAGUUGGCUGAUAAUGGCAAGCAGCAUGAGCAGCAGAAGCGCCAUUGCUGUCCCUCCCACGUCCUACAUAUCAAUCCGUCGCUCCUCCCUCUUGCUCAUUACUUUGGGCUCAUUCGCAUUGGGCACUCUUAUUGCGAACAUGACUUCCCGGUCCUGGCGGAGGGUACAACGCUACAUAGACUCCCGGCGUAGCAAUGGAGGGCGCCGGCCAGUGAUCGUCUGCUUUGGAGACAGUAUCACACAGGGAGGGCACAGCCCCGAACACGUGGGGUGGGUGGGUCGGUUGGAGGAUUUUUAUUGCCGGAAAGCGGACGUUUUAAAUCGAGGUUUCAGCGGGUACAACACAGACUGGUUGUCUCGGAUGUUGGUGGACCUCUUUUCCCGUAUGUUCAGACGGAGACCACCUGUAUUGGUGACGAUAUGGCUUGGUGCCAACGAUGCUACGGUAGAAAGCUCACGGCAGCACGUGCCCCUGUGGAAAUACAAGGAAAAUUUGGAGAAAAUGGUCCGGUUUUUCAAGGGCUUGGGUCGGCGUGAUCGUCAAGUGGCCAUCCUCCUCGUCACUCCCCCCCCUUUGCACGAAGGGAAAUGGCUUGCAUUCCUCCGCUCGUCGUGCCCAACCUCCCUCCUCGACCGGUCCUUCGCGCGCACUGCUUCCUACGCCCUGGCAGCUCGAGAGGUGGGGCAGGCCAUAAAAGUCCCGGUAGUGGACAUACACGCCUCGUUUGGGGUCCAGAUCGAGGAGGCGGUGGGAGGGGAGGGAAUGCCCCAAGACGAGACCUACGCCAGCUUUCUCUCGGACGGCUUGCACCUGAAUGAGAAGGGGAACAGAAGGGCCUUUGAAGCGGUGAGAGACAGUAUCAAGCACCAUUUCCCCUGGCUGGAUCCCAUCAAUCUGGAGACGCAGGCCCCGGGGUGGGAGAGCUUACGGUCGCUGUACUUGGACGAAGCCGAGGGCAGGGGGGAGAAAGGGGAGGGCGGUACCGUGCCUUUGUACAGCAGUAAGAGCAGCGUCAUUUUCAAUGCGUACUAGGCGUGCUGGAGAGAAAGUAACGGGGCAAAGGUCAGAGACGGCAGGGCACCCACGACGUUCAAGCUGGUGAGCUCGACUCAUGAGCAGUCCUAGGGAUCGGGGUAUCGUGAUCCCUCAAUAACUAAAUUUAACACAUUUUUGGCGUUG